CGCGACAUUUAAUUCGUAUUGGAGAAAUAAGCUGAACAGACGUUUACAGCGUAGCAAUAAAUUAAUAUAAAAAGAAUCCGCAGUUUCUAUAGCGACUGUUGUUGAUGUGAGUGAUUCGAGUAAUUUAUAAAAUCGUUGCGCAAUAUAUGUGAUCCGUUAGCAAGCAAACAGCAAAGCUUACACCAAAAGCCCAUUGAUAACGGGCAUAUAAGUCAAGUGAUUUGUUGAAAAAAUCAGCAAAAAUAGGAAAAUCAAAUACAAAAAGUGAAACAGUCAAGAGUUCGUUUUAUGAAAACAAUUUGGACAAUUCAAAGAAAAUAAAUUAUUGGAGUGUUUGCAGUGAAAAAGACAAUUUCGACAAAAUGGUUGUAAUAGCACAAAAACCUCAAACCGCAGCAAAACUAUUAUGUGAGAACGAAAUCAGCAGCACAGUAACUAGUGCACUAAAGCUAGCAAUGAACGAGAACCGAUUGGUACUGGGGCUACUUGACUCCGUAAAAACACUGGCCAAGGCACCCGAAGACUCUCUGUUCUGUAUCAUGGCAGAACCGGAGAUCGGCGACAGUGCUACCCAUAUGCACGAAGUCUUGCUCGAGGCAUACUGUUACGAGAACGGCAUUUACAUCAUCAAAGUGGACAGUUCCAGUAAAUUGUGCCGAAUCAUUGGAACGUCUGACAUGGAAUCGUGUGUCCUUGUUCAGAAAUCAUUGGCAACGGGUGACGAUGCCGAGACCGAACAAUAUGCCGACGUUGAGGAUUUAUUAAUUGACCAUUGCGAAGCUUAUUGGGAUGUUCCCAUUCAACCGAUCAUCCAGCUACCGGAAUCUUGAAAUUAGUUUUAGGACAAGUUAUUUUGUGAAUAAAUUCAAACAUUGUAAAUUGUAUACAUCAGUGAUUCGAUGUCACAUGAAAUUGUAAUGUGUUUCGAUGAUGGUAUAAGCCAUGCGUUAUUGGCAUGAUGAAAAAUAUCUAACGAGUGGAGAAAGUGUAACCUGGCAUCUUAAUAAAUGUUAAUUUGACCUAAAACAUGUAAGAAACAAAAACUGUUAAUUUAAGCUGAAGAUCAUAAUGUCUAUAGUUAAGUCUUAUAUUCGAUGUCACUUAAUAUGUAAGAAUGUAAGGAGGACAAGUAACAGAAAUUAUUAAAAAAA